AUGUCGAAGCAGCAGGAGAAUAUGUUGUUGACGGAGCAUUUCACGUGGCCGCCUAUUUCCCUCAUCGACGACAUCAUCAACGCCAUCAACGAAGUCCUCUACCGCUGCACCACCAUCCUCUCCACCGAGCUCUCCUCGCUCGACCCAGCCAUCCUCGGUUUCGCCGACCGCGCCGCCGCCGAGCACCGCAGCUUUCCCCCGGACCAAAUCGAUCCCGACACCGGCAACCCACUGUACCCGGAGGCGAAGCUGGAGAUUGAGGAAGGCGUGCUGAAGCUCGAGACGUUGGUCGAGAAUGCCGUGGAUAAGAAUUUCGACAAGUUGGAGAUUUGGACGUUGAGGAAUGUGUUUAGUUUGGGGAGGGGGACGGGGACGGCAGCGGGGGAGGAUGGGGGGUUGGGCGAGUGGAUACGGUUGGGGCAUUAUGAUGGCAUAUCCACCACACCCCCGACCAACCCCCACCUAACCCCCUCCUCCCUCCACGCCCUCCGCCGCAAACUGCAAGAAACGCAGAAACUCCACGCCGCCCUCGUAGCCGAGAAGACGCGCAACGAGGCGCUGAUCGCCCAACUCCGCUCGCUGCUCCAACCACCGCCGACGACGCGGGACUUCCGAUCCUCGGGGGUCAGUGAAUUGGCAGGGGUGGAGGGCAGGCAAGGCGGAGAAGCGAGGAAGAAGUAUGACGGGAUGUUGGCGUUUCUGACGCAUUUACCUGCGGCGCAGGCGCUGGGCGUGCAGGGUUUACCUACAUCUGCACAACAGCCUAUGUCUGCAUCUACCACCCAACCCCUAACCACACACACGCAAUUCACAACCUCGCAACUCGCGCACCUCCGCUCCCUCCUCGCCUCGCUCAAACCCCACCUCCCCUCCUCUUCCCUCCAGCAGUCUUCCUCUCAUCAUCAUCACCAGCAGCAGCAGGGCGCGAGGGCGGACCUCGCGCGCGAGAGGAGACUCUACGUCGAGGCGCAGAGUAAACGCAUCUUGGAGAAGAGGGGUGUGGAUACGAGGGAUGGG